CUUGGGCUGAGGCUGUUUUGCAAUUUCAAGGUUGUACGACUACGAUUUUAUUCUGCCCCAACUUCUGAGAGACGUGUUACAGUAGUGAUUGUCAGUGCUAGGGAAGUCCUGCGAGCUUAAUCUCAAGGUCUCACAGCCUGCAGGGUUAGGUUUUGUGAAGUGCGGGCUGAAAGCCCAAGGUUCAUGGCCCCACGUCGUGGAGGAGCCGCAGGAGCUGGGGUAGAAGCUUCUUCAACGAGCAGUUUGCGCGGUGGAUUGGCACCACCCCCCUUGAAGAGAAUACAGCCUUGGUUGGAGGAUGGUUCUGGCCAAUGUGACAUUGUGGCUGGCGGUGUUGAUGCCACUGGGGUAUUCAAAGGCAUAUACGUCAGUGGUGUCCAUUUAACUGCACUGCUGCGCACAUUCCAGCUUUCCAAGACCUUCCUUCCAGUAGAGAUGCCAACGCCAGUGCAAACUUUAGGACAAUCUCUUCAGGACGGCAUCCCUUUGGUGAUUAUCACCAGAGGUUGCUUUGGAAGGGAAAUGGAUAUCGGGUCUGGCCCGGCCCGCAACAACAUCCAGAAGGCCGUGUGGGAAGCUGCCAGGAACAUGAGAGCAGAUAUGCCUCAAGUGCUCGUGUCUUGCAUUGACAUCCCUGUUGAUGCUUCCCCAGAGGUUGUAAAUGCUUGCCUCCAGCCGCCUUUGAAUAAUUUCCGCGAGCUCAUGUAUCAUGAUGGCACCUGGUACACACCAGCAGUGUACAAUGCGUCAAAGCUCGCACAAUGGGUCUCAAACAAUCCGAGAGAGAUCAAGCCAAAAGAAGGACCGAGCUUCUCUCGCAAGAAAUUCGAAUGGAACAACAAAGCGUACGACAACAUGUUCAUGCUUGGAUGGAAGUCAGUCUUGGAAGUAAGACCACCUACUCUCACCAGGAGUGGUUGAGCAGAGUGAAGCUGGUUCAGGGUAUUGAGCAUUGGCUUCAAGGUUGCCGAAAGAAAGCAAUCAUUGCAGAGCCAGGAGAUGUAAGACAUGGAUACAAUUGCCCGGGCCUGUCUUCAGGCUAUACUAUACGAGAAUAGCAAAUUGUUUCUUUGACAAGUCAGGCGCUAGGCUGAGCAAACUCUCACCAACUCCUCUUCCGGCAGCUCACAGAGCAAACUUAUGCAGGG